CUCCGCAUCUUCCUGGUCUCUAACACCGCGAGCGAUGACUAUAAAGCUCUCCGCGAACGCUGGGAUGACGAGUUCUGGUCCACUUUCAACGAUAUCUUUAUCUUGUCUACGCUGGGAGUCCGGAAGCCGAGCCCUAGGUUCUACAGACAUGUUCUCCGGGUAACACGCUUAAACCCCCAGACUACUUUCACCGUCGACAAUAAUCCUGAAAAUGUUCUCAUAGUAAUCUCACUUGGCAUGCAGGGGACAUCUUCAGUAAUUGAUCUCCUACAGACGCUGACAAAUAUCACAGGCGACCCAGUGGAGCGAGGCAUUUCGUUCCUCAAGAGGCAUGCAGGCAAAUUUCCCUCUGUGACACAGGACGGGUCGGAGAUCGAAGAAAACUAUGCCCCACUGCUCAUCUUGGAAGCGUUGCAGCAGCGAGAAUUGGUGGAUCUGAAAUUCCCCCCGCGACUGUGGAACUUCUUCAGUGGAAAACCUCGAUAUACAACCGAGACCUACCCCGAAGACCUCGACACCACCUCGGUCGGUCUCGCCGCAAUGUCCUACGACCCGGACCUCGCCCACUCGCUGCUCGACGAGAUGCUCACCUACGUUGACGAAGAAGGAUUCGUCCAGGCCUACACCGACCGGACUCGACCCCGCAUCGACUGCGUCAUCUCCCUCAACAUCCUAAUCGCCUUCACCCUGUACAACCGCACCUAUGAGCUCCCCGAGACGCUCGACUGGGUCACCUCGAUCCUGCUGACGCGCGCCUACAUUAAAGGUACGCGCUACUACGCCAACGCCGAGUGGUUCCUGUACUACGUGACACGGUUGCUCGCCGCAGCGGAGGGUCGUGGUACAGCGCUGGACGAGCGCCUGUUUGCACCGCUGCGGGUUCGUGUCGCUGAGCGAGUCGGGGCACCGGGGGACGCAUUUGCGCGGGGAAUGCGUAUCGCUGCGUGUGAGUAUGUCGGUGUCAAGUGUGCGGUGGAUCGGGAGACGUUGGCGGCUAUGCAGAUGGAGGAUGGCGGGUGGCCGGCCAGCUGUAUGUAUCUGUUCCCUGGGGCGGGGAGGGAGGUGGGCAACCGCGGUGCAAGUACGGCGUUUGCAAUUAGGGCUUUGGGGUGUCGAAUGUCGCAGUUGGGUUAG